CCUCAAUCUACUGUACCUCACUUUCCUUCACCCAACACAAUCCAGCGCAGAUAUCCAGAAAGACAAGCCACCUUCUAUUCAUUUCAAGCAUGUGAUCUUCAAAAGACUCUCAGAUUACUUCUCACGUCAUGGCUGCUCGUCACCGAACCAACUCACUCGCAUUUGCAAAAUCGGAUUGCCACACUUGCUCCGAGCUGAAGAGAUGGUGUGACAGGCAACGUCCGCAGUGUGGCACUUGCAUAAAACAUCGACGGAAAUGCGGUGGAUAUGUCCUGGAUCUCACGUGGAAACAGCCCAGUGGAAACUCUCCAGGUCGAGGUUCCGUUCCUCCAUCGCCCGGUCUUGCUGUGGCAUCGGAACGACGAUUCAAGUUCAAGCAAGGGAGACCGAAGAAGAAGAGGAAAGUCCAAAAGCCUACGGACAAUGAAAACAGCGUCGUAGAUCAUGCUCGAACUCCGGGUCCAUCGCUGUCCCGUGAUGAGGUGAAUGUUAGGCCGUUGAGACCAAGUCCUCAACAAGAAAUCGUCGAAGAGCCGGGUGUACUGCUGCCUCUCAGAGAACAAGACACGGAGAAUCCGGGAGAUGCCUGGAUUCAAGCGGAAGGGAGCGUGUCUGAAGUUCGAAGCCCGAUUACAGCUUUUGAAAUCCAGAAUUGGCCUUCCACACCUUCCUGGAUUGCAAAUGAUGAGAAUCUUUGGCAGGAUCCAUUGGAAGCAGCAGGGAGCUUUGCGGGACUCUCGCCUGGGCCAUUGUUCUCCAACAGCCCAGAUCAAUUCGGAAACCCAUUCUCAUUUGACAUAGGUAAUGCCACAGACGCCACAAGCUCGACUGACAGUCCAGACUCGGAGAUUCUCUCUGAUAUUGAGCAUUUGUCUCAGACCGGUGACCCAAAUCUGAGCCUCCAGCUAUUCCAGGGCUCAAGGAAUCAUUUAUCGUAUGGAGUCUUGUACAACAAUACACACCAUAAAUUCAGUCCAGUUCUUUCACUAUAUGACGAAGAAUUCUGCGUUAUACCCUUGACUAUGGACUGCACUGCGAAUCCAUUCAGGGUUCGGCAGGAGUGUGUCCAAGGCUCUCAAUACUUACUGCAUGCUAUACUGGCUCUUUCUAUGCAACAUUUAGCAAAAAAGAGUCAGGAUGAGGCAUUGGCACAAGAGAUGCAAGUCCAUCGUUCGGCUGCCACGCACCUGUUUAGCGAAGCUCUAAGCAAAUCCGAUGCUCUCGUCCUCCUCGACACAUUACUUAUCUUAGUAAAUCUCGAUGUUACACAAUCUGCUUCUGGCACAUGGGAUGUGCACUUACUUGGCGCUUUCAAGCUGCUCGAAAGUGCUGGAGGCGUGGAGGUCUGCAAACAGAAUCCCAGGAGGAGAGCUCAAAUAGCAAUGCUCGUUUGGUGGGACAUCACAGUUGCCUUGUUAUCUCGGCAAGAGCCGAUAUUCCCUCUGACGUAUCUGGAGACACUCUUGGAAUGCAACCCAGACGACGGUUGGACAUUCUUCAACUUGAACGGGUGUCCAGGUCCAUUCGUGCGUGUUAUGGCACAUCUCGCAAAGCUAGCGUCGACAUACGAAAAGGUGGCUUCACUUAAUUGCGAAUGGACAACCUUCAACCUUCUCCCGGUUGAUCUCCAAGUUGAAGAACUCAAGAACUGGAAAAACGAAGAUGAUUGCUCAUUUAAGGACCUGGAAGACCAUGAAGAUCCUGACGCGAAAAGAGAUAGGUUCCAUUGCAGCGAAGCUUGGAGAUACGCCAUAAUGCUUUACGCUGUUCGAGUUUUUGCUAAGAAGCAAGACCAGCGCGGUCUACAGUCGAUCAGCUUCCUUUCUCGAAUAAUUCUUGAUCAUAUUCGUUGUAUUAAGCAAGAAGCACUCAUUCAGAAACAAGUCCUGAUCCCGAUCUUCCUUGCGGCAGCAGAAGCUGGAAACGAGUCCGAUCGGGCUUUUGCGAGGCAGUAUAACAGCCAUUGGAGUUCAAGAUGUCGAUAUUAUAUGUUUGAGACGGCACAGGUGAUUCUCGAAAGUAUCUGGGCCGGUUGGGAGGCGGAAACGAGAAAUGUUUAUUGGUGGGGCGUGACAGUUCGUGGUGGGUCUUGGUCGAGAGGUCGUCAGGAUUAUCCGAUGGCAAACCAGCUCUUACUAGGGUGAUAAACAGAGCAAUUAAUCGUUCAAACAUUCCCAG